AUGCUCUCCAAGAAGCACAAGUACAUCAUCUACAAGCUCAGCGACGACAACAAGCAGAUUGUCGUCGAGGAGGCUUCCAGCGACAAGGAGUGGGAUAACUUCCGCGAGAAGCUCAUCAACGCCACCUCCAAGAGCAAGACUGGUGCUGUCGGCAAGGGUCCCCGCUAUGCCGUCUACGACUUUGAGUACAGCCUUGCCACUGGUGACGGUAUCCGCAACAAGAUUGUCUUCAUUGCCUGGUCCCCCGAUGAUGCCGGCAUCCAGCCCAAGAUGAUUUACGCUUCUUCCAAGGAGGCCCUGAAGCGUUCCCUCACCGGUCUUGCCAGCGAGCUCCAGGCCAACGACUCGGACGAUAUUGAGUACGACACCAUUCUCAAGACCGUCAGCAAGGGUCUUGCCGCCUAA